ACUACGGGAAGUUUUCGUUGGCCUCGAACGACGACCUUAGGCCUUAGUCUUAGGCUCUGCGGAAAGACUACAGAGUGGCAAACAGGGUAACUAAGGGUAUCGAUCCCAUCAGCAGAAUAAAGAGUGUUAAUGAAGAGCUGGAAGCCUGGUCUUCAAGACCGGGAGUGGGGCACCUCGCAGGGCAUGCCGGGGAUUGUAGUCAGGGACAUCCCGCUGCACCGCCCACCAACCGAGUUCCCGGGAGCCCCAGGUGGAGGCCGCCGCCCGAUCCCCAGCCCGAACUGGCGGCGUCCCGGUCGGGUCUGCGCGAGGCGCCAGAGGACCCUCCCUGAGGCUCAUGGCAGCGCCGGUCCGCUUGGGCCGGAAACGCCCGCUGCCCGUUUGCCCCAACCCGCUCUUCGUACGCUGGCUAACCGAAUGGCGGGACGAGGCAGCCAGUAGGGGCCGCCGCACGCAAUUCGUGUUUCAAAAGGCGCUGCGCUCGCUCCGGCGGUACCCACUGCCUCUGCGCAGCGGCAAGGAAGCUAAGAUCCUGCAGCACUUCGGAGACAGACUCUGCCAUAUGCUGGACCAGCGGCUGCAGCAGCACGAAGCAUCCGGCGGUGACCAUGCCCCGACUUCAUCUGGAGAUAAGAGUCCAGCCCGGGAAGGACCCUUUGCCACAGUCCAGGAUGCUUCCAUGCCACUUCCAGCCCAGCCCAAAGCAGGGGGCUCAGGCAGCUACUGGCCGGCUCGGCACUCAGGCGCCCGCGAGAUCCUACUGCUGCUCUACAGGGAGCACCUGAAUCCUAGUGGCCACGGCUUCCUAGCCAAGGAGGAGCUGCUGCAGGGGUGUACCCAGAAAGCCACCAGGGUGGCCCCUGGGAGUACUCGACCCUGGCCAGCCCUCCGCUCCCUCCUGCACAGAAACCUCGUUCUUAGGACACACCGGCCAGCCAGAUCUGUGUUCAUCAGGUACUCGCUGACGGCGGAGGGUCUGGAGCUCGCCCGGAAGCUGGCUGAGUCAGAGGGCCUGAGCUCACUGGACAGUCGUAUCAGGCCAGAGGAGCCCCCUGGGGAGGAGCCAGAAGUGCCAGGACCGGCCUCUGCUGAAUUUGGCGCCAGUGAAGGGAGUGUCCAGCAGCCACCCCUGGAGCUUGAGCCUGGAGAGUACAGGGUGCUGUUGUGUGUGGACACCGGCGAAGCCAAGGGGGCGGGGCACAGGCCACAGCUGCUCCUCGAGCUACAGCGUCUGCGUGUGCCCUACAUGGUGCGCAAGCUGCACGUCGGGGACUUCGUGUGGGUGGCUCAAGAGACCAGGCCCAGAGACCCAGCAAGACCCGAGGAGCUCGUCCUGGACCACAUCGUGGAACGCAAGCGGCUGGAUGACUUGUGUAGCAGCAUCAUUGAUGGCCGCUUCCGUGAGCAGAAGUUCCGGUUAAAGCGCUGUGGCCUGGGCCACCGAGUGUACCUGGUAGAGGAGUAUGGCUCGGCGGGCCACCUCAGCCUUCCCGAGAGCACGCUGCUGCAGGCUGUCACCAACACUCAGGUCAUCGAUGGCUUCUUUGUGAAGCGCACAGCAGACCUCAAGGAAUCGGCUGCCUACCUGGCCCUGUUGACCCGGGGCCUCCAGAGACUGUACCAGGGCCGUACCCUCAGCAGUCGCCCCUGGGGAGCCUCCGAGGCCUCUGAAUCAAGGCCGGGGCCCUCCCCAAAUCCUCUGUGCUCACUCCUCACCUUCAGUGACUUCAACGCAGGUGCCAUCAAGAACAAGGCGCAGUCUGUGCGCGAGGUCUUCGCCCGGCAGCUGAUGCAGGUGCGCGGAGUGAGUGGGGAGAAGGCGGCAGCCAUAGUGGACAAGUACAGCACCCCCGCCAGCCUAUUGGCCGCCUAUGACGCCUGUGCCACCCCCAAGGAACAGGAGAUGCUGCUGAGCACCAUCAAGUGUGGCCAACUGCAGAGGAAUCUGGGGCCCGCUCUGAGCAGGACCUUGUCCCAGCUCUAUUGCUGCUACGGCCCCCUCACCUGAGCUAUGCCACGAGGUCGACUCUGCCUGCCCACGCACACCCCCCCCACCUUCACAGGCUAGCCAGCUUUUUAAUCCGAAUCUGUUUGGCCACAAUAAAAAUAUAAGUAUUUGCA